ACUUUCAUGACCAACUUGGAUCCGUAUCAUCUCAAUCACCCUGAAAUAAGUUCAAUAUUAGAGAAAAAUAAAGUUAGAGAAGUUUUUAUAAAGAUGCCGAGGCUGUUAAAUUGCAGUAGUUAAUAUACAGAAUCAUUCUCUUGAUGUUAAGUUACGAAUGAGUGAAAAUCAGUUUCAAAGCAUUAUUUUUCAUCCGACAGCUGAAAACAGUCAUAUCCGGCAGUUUCUUGACAUUUAAAAUUCUCAUAAUUUGUGGUGAUUCAGAAACUCCGAACAGGCAGUGUUUAAAUCAAGACUGAAUUCAUAUGUUUUGUAAACGUAAAUAUAACUAAAGAAUAUGGUCAUUGCGGAGAAACAUCUCUAUUGAUAGUCAUAUUGAAUGAGUUACAAGCUUUUAUUUGGCUGCAUGAGUCUACUCAGGGAGCAUUAAGCAAUUUCAUAUAACUUGACUACGAUGUCUCACAUAUCGUUCUUGAUCAUUGUCCUGAUCCACGUAGUUUGAUUACAAACUCUACGGUAUGGUAUAAAGUCGAUUACCUCAUUUGAUCUUGAACGUCGUGUUGUUGUGUACACGUUUGUUUCAUGCUCGUCUUUGUGUAUGAACCGGUGUGUUGCUUUUCUAUUUCGUUUUUCUGGCAUCAUUGCUCGUGGCAAAUUAGUUUUAAAGAACACUUUAAUGUUAUAUUUUGUCCGUAUACGUUGAAACCCAGGACAACUUUCUCGGGAUGUGUUGUGGCCGACUGUUUAUUGCCAGUGGAUAAUGAUUUCCAGAAUUAUAUGAAAUUUGUAUUAUUAACUGGCUUUCCCUACGAACUAAUAAUCGUUGACGACAACAGUCCAGAUGGGACAGGUGAAGUUGCUAAAAAGUUACAAUCUAUUUUUGGAGGAAAUAAAAUAAUUCUUAAACCAAGAAGUGGAAAAUUAGGACUAGGUUCAGCUUACUUGCAUGGUUUAAAGUUUGCAAAAGGUGAUUUUGUUAUCAUUAUGGACGCGGAUUUAUCACACCACCCAAAAUUUAUUCCUGAGUUCAUUAAAUUACAAAAGCAACAUGAUUACGAUAUUGUUACUGGGACACGAUAUGCAUCUAACGGAGGUGUAAGUGGCUGGGAUUUGAAGCGUAAACUUAUCAGCCGUACGGCAAACUACAUAGCUCAAGUAUUACUACGACCGAAAGCAUCCGAUUUAACUGGAAGUUUUAGACUAUACAAAAAAGCAGUUUUACAAGAUUUAGUUUCGCGUUGUACUUCACGUGGUUAUGUUUUUCAAAUGGAAAUGAUAGUAUUAGCCUCUUCACUUGGUUACAAAAUUGGUGAGGUUGGAAUUACAUUUGUAGAUCGAUUUUAUGGAGAGUCAAAACUUGGUGGAACAGAAAUUAUUCAGUAUAUAAUGGGAUUAUUACAUCUUUUCUGUACUUGUUAAUUUUCCUUUUUUUGAAAAAAAAAGUAAUUAUAAUUCUACUGUAUGUACUCGGUUUAGAUAAUAAGAAUUUUUCCGAUGCCUCAUUGCAAAUCUAUGCUUAAUACUUUACUGAAAAUUCAUAUUCAUUCACAAUGAAUAUUACAGAAUAAUGGCGUAGUUAUCUUAAAAUGCAAUUUUCAAGUUACAUCAAUAUAAUAUUUCC